AUGUUGGGGCUCCUCUUUCGUCUUGCCUUCCAGAAACGCGAAGUUUUCGGCUCUGAACUCAGCUCCCCGCCGUCUCCUGACCCUUGGGUUUCCGGUUCUCCAAAACAAAGAACUAAUGCAACUCGAGAAGUGAGGUCAGUAGAGCCCCGGAGCUGCCACCUUAUUGAGGGACUUGAAAAUGGCUCUGAAGACAUUGAUAUACUUCCUAGUGGGCUGGCUUUUAUCUCCAGUGAAUUAAAAUAUCCAGGCAUGCCAAGCUUUGCACCUGAUGAGCCAGGACAAAUUUUCUUGAUGGAUCUGAAUGAGCAAAACCCAAGAGCCCAGGCACUAAACAUCAGUGGUGAUUUUGACAAAGCAUCAUUUAACCCACAUGGAAUCAGUACUUUCAUCGACGAAGACCAAACUGUGUAUCUUUAUGUUGUGAAUCAUCCCCACAUGAAGUCCACGGUGGAGAAAUUUAAAUUUGAGGAACAACAACAUUCUCUUGUACACUUGAAAACUAUAAAACAUGAACUUCUCAAGAGCCUGAAUGACAUUGUGGUUCUUGGACCAGAACAGUUUUAUGCUACAAGAGACCACUAUUUUACCAACUUCUUCUUGGUGCUGUUGGAGAUGAUCUUGGAUCUUCGUUGGAGUCAUGUUGUUUUCUACAGUCCAAGAGAGGUCAAAGUGGUAGCCAAAGGAUUCAGUUUUGCCAAUGGGAUCACAGUCUCACUAGACAAAAAGUUUAUCUACACAGCUGAUACAACUGCUCAGAACAUUCAUGUCUUGAAAAAACAUGAGAACUGGGAUUUAACUCCAGUGAAGGUGAUACAUCUGGGCACCUUAGUGGAUAAUUUGAUGGUGGAUCCAGACACGGGAGAUAUUUGGGCCGGAUGCCAUCCUAACGGCAUGAAGCUGCUGGCCUAUAACCCUGAGGAUCCUCCAGGGUCCGAAGUACUUCGCAUCCAGAAUGUUUUAUCUGAGAAGCCUAAAAUCAGCACCGAGUACGCCAAUAAUGGCUCUGUGCUUCAGGGAAGCACCGUGGCUUCUGUGAAGCACAGAAAACUUCUCAUAGGCACGAUAUUCCACAAAGCUCUGUACUGUUUGCUCUAAACUCCAGACAUCCCCAAGUCUUGUCAACCAAGAAAACACAAAAUGACAAGCAGCAAGAUAAAUGUGUUUAUUUGGGGUCUUAGGAAUUGCAAACAUGGGAGACACAGAUUCGACUCGAAUUGAAAGCGUGCUGCAGAGAGACAAAGAGGUUAGAGUUUUUAAAGAGGAAAGAAGAGAUUUACCUAAGUUGUUUGAAGAAAAGGGCUUGGUGUUGGUAUACUUACAGUGACGCUAAGCUGUGUGUGGUUGGUUGCUAGGGCGAGGCAGAAAGUCCAUUCAUGUCCAUCUUAACACCUAGUAGAUGCCCGGGACUUGAGCUGAGCUUAGCGAAAAUUCCGAGAAUUUGAUCCAGAACAAGUGCAUAAGCCCCACCUCCUCGGUGUCCUCCCGGCUCCCUUUUAAAUAACUCUCUUAGUAAAGGUUUACUCGAUUUUAUUGUCUCCGUUGUCAAUCUUCAUGUUUAGUAAAAAUAAAAAAAAGUUAUGGGCACCUAGGUGGCUCA